AUGACGUCCUCAGCCGGAGGGUCAAAUCUGAUUGGAGAGAGUCGAUCGCCGUUGCAUCAAAGAGGCAAACGUGGUAUUUCACAGCAUGCUAGUGGCACCCGAAUGCAUACACCACUCCGACAUACGGCCUCCAUGGGCAUUACUGGACUGUCAAGUAUUGAUGUAAUUACACCUUCAUCGAGCCCUUUAAAAGGAAGUGGUGGCCAAGACAAGGAUGUACCAUCUGCAAGUCCAACCCGUCUGAGCACUAGCACAUCGACCCCAACUUCGAGCAUUCAUACUACUGCUGCAGCUGUGGCUGCAGUUGCCGGCGCCUUCGUCAGUUGCACCACCACAAUUCCUACUGGUGAGUCCAGUGGAGGGCUGCCUUUUUCUCCAGUACCUCCUGCCAGUCUGCAUAACGUAGGCGGAACUGGUGGAGUUAGCGGUGGUGGUGCGAGUUCAGCCCUUCGCUCAGCCCGGCGUCGUCUCAGUAUCUUAGUGCCCAUGCUAACAGGAGGUGAGGCCUCUCGAUUGGAGGUCUCUGAUUCGGUUACCGAUUCAAUGCCAGGCAAGCAAACUUCCGGACUUGUGCGUAGAGUUGCUGAAACUGCUGCUUCGAGUCAAGGUUCUCAGGAACCGAAUUCGGAUGCAUCAUCUUUGGGUGAUCUGAUAGUAGCUUCUUCCACUACACACAGU